AUGGGAAAGGAAAAGGUGCACAUGAACCUCGUGGUGGUCGGCCACGUCGAUGCCGGCAAGUCCACAGCCACUGGCCACCUCAUCUACAAGUGCGGAGGCAUUGACAAGCGGACGAUUGAGAAGUUCGAGAAGGAGGCGGCUGAAAUCGGCAAGUCCUCGUUCAAGUACGCGUGGGUGUUGGACAAGCUGAAGGCUGAGCGCGAGCGCGGCAUCACGAUCGACAUUGCGCUCUGGAAGUUCGAGUCGCCCAAGUCUGUGUUCACGAUCAUCGACGCCCCCGGCCACCGCGACUUCAUCAAGAACAUGAUCACGGGCACGUCUCAGGCGGACGCCGCCGUCCUUGUCAUUGCGUCAUCGCAGGGUGAGUUUGAGGCGGGCAUCUCGAAGGACGGCCAGACACGCGAGCACGCGCUGCUCGCCUUCACGCUCGGCGUGAAGCAGAUGGUUGUGUGCUGCAACAAGAUGGACGACAAGUCGGUGAACUUCGCCCAGGAGCGCUACGAUGAGAUUGGAAGGAGGUGUCGGC